AGAACUAAAAGCACUUUUCCUACAAAUCCGUCGCGUGUAUAGCAAAUUGCUGUACAGAAAGCACUUCUGCUGCUACCACAGAAAAGCACUUCUGCUGCUACUACAGCAAAGCAAAAUUCCAGCUUGUCUGAGAAGCUGGCAAUGGACUUGAAGGCGACGCCGUUGAGAUUCCCACUGGGGAGGCAGUCGUCGCUGGCGCCGGAGCGUGAGCUGGAGGAGCGCGUGGGGGAGGGGCUGGAGGAUGAUCCGGAGGGGAUCGAUCCCGGAGUGAAGCUCAUGUAUUUGGCCAAUGAAGCUGACUUGGAUGGGAUUAAGGAGCUUCUGGAUUCGGGAGUGGAUGUGAAUUUCAGGGACAUCGACGAUCGGACGGCUCUCCAUGUCGCCGCGUGUCAGGGGCUCACCGACGUCGUUUCGCUGCUGCUUGACCGCGGAGCUGACGUUAACCCCAAAGACCGAUGGGGGAGCACCCCUCUUGCAGAUGCUAUUUACUAUAAGAACCACGAUGUGAUCAAGCUUCUGGAUAAGCGUGGGGCAAAGUCUCUGAUGGCUCCCAUGCACGUUAACCAUGCCAGGGAAGUCCCAGAGUACGAAAUUGAUCCCAAAGAACUGGACUUUACCAACAGUGUUGACAUUACUAAGGGAACGUACUGUAUCGCAUCCUGGCGGGGAAUACAGGUUGCUGUGAAAAUGCUUGCGGAGGAAGUGCUUGUUGACGAGGAUAAAGUGAAGGCAUUCAGUGACGAGCUUGCGUUGCUUCAAAGGAUACGACAUCCAAAUGUAGUCCAAUUUCUGGGUGCAGUGACACAAAGCAGUCCAAUGAUGAUUGUAAUAGAAUAUUUGCCUAAGGGAGACCUUCGUGCAUUUUUGAAAAGAAGAGGAGCGCUAAAACCAACCAUAGCUGUAAAAUUUGCACUUGAUAUUGCAAGAGGAAUGAGUUAUUUGCAUGAGAAUAAGCCAGAACCAAUAAUUCAUCGCGAUCUUGAGCCUUCGAAUAUAUUGCGGGAUGAUUCCGGGCACCUGAAAGUUGCGGAUUUUGGAGUUAGCAAGUUGCUGACGACAGUUAAAGAGGAUAGGCCUUUGAUUUGUCAAGAUACUUCAUGUCGAUACAUAGCUCCUGAGGUUUUCAAGAAUGAAGAAUAUGAUACCAAAGUGGAUGUUUUCUCUUUUGCGCUAAUUCUACAAGAGAUGAUAGAAGGCUGCCCACCAUUUGCUGCCAAGCAAGAUAAUGAAGUUCCGAAAGCAUAUGUUGUAAAAGAGCGCCCACCUUUUAGAGCUCCAGAAAAGCUUUAUAGACAUGGUCUGAGAGAGUUGAUUGAGGAGUGCUGGAACGAGAAUCCAGCUAGAAGACCAGCAUUUAGGCAAAUAAUAUUGAGGCUGGAAUCUAUGUAUAACGCUCUUGGUCAUAAAAGGCGUUGGAAGGUUAGACCGUUGAAAUGCUUUCAAAACCUUGAAGCCAUGAUAAGGAAGGAUAAUUCUGGUCGAAGCGGCAGAAGUCGUUCAUCACGUUCUACCAGCAGCAUAUAAAUGGGAAUUGUUUCUUCAUUGUCUUGACAGCCAACCAACCGAAGUUACUCAUUCCCUGCUUGGUGACAAAAUUUAUUUUUUUGUAACAUUGCUUCCUAAUUUUUUUCACUCUCCCCUUGAUAUCCUGAUAUAUAUUCUGGGCUGAGACUGAAACAUGUUUCGCAUGAAACUACAGUUUGUUCGUGAGUCUUGACACCGGUAAUACGGUCAACUUUGUGCUCAUGCCGAGCUUUUGAAUUUGUAAGAUAGAUAAAGGUUGCUUGUAACUUUGUAUAACCUUUGGAUGGUGAAUGAUAUUGUUUUGAAUUUGAUUU